AUGACAACUGAAGUAUCAAUCCCUUCAAUUCAUCCUCCUUCCCCUUCUGCCAAUGUUUUCAAGGAUCAAUGUCUUUUCAGCUUUCAAACUCCGGAAUUGCCUGGUGGAUUGAACGUUUGCCUCCAUUGCUAUCAAGGGUUUGCCCCACUAAUUCAAUCUGAAAAUUCGAACUACACUUUCGCCCACUAUUCAAUCACUGGACAUUCGCUUUAUUUAAAUAUCCAGAAGUUUUUCCAGAAAGAUGUUCAGGAAGAACAACUUCAAAAACGUUUGAAACUUGAUAAAGUGCAAAUCCUUCAAGAAAACGAGGAUGAUUACUACAAAUCCCAAUACCAAUUGUUGGAGGUCGACAAAGAUUCAUAUAUACCUUUGAGUAUUGUCCUGAACGCGACAGGUUAUGAAGUGUUGAAUUCUAACAUAUCGAAUAAUAUUAAAUCAACGAUUGCGGGAAUUUUAUCUGCCACUUCCAUGAGUUUGAAAAAUGAUAUUCAAUCAUGGGAGCAAGAAAUUAAGCCUUGCAGACACUCUGAAUCUCUUGCGAAAUUCAUUCCAGAAAACUAUUCUUUGGCAAAGCAUUGCAGCAGCUGUGAUGUUGAUGAGAAUUUAUGGCUUUGUUUGCAUUGUGGUAACAUUGGUUGCGGGCGUCAACAGUUUGGUGGUCUCAAAGGAAACUCACAUGCUUUGGCUCAUUAUGACCAAAAUAACGACCACCCAGUAGCUAUAAAACUCGGAUCUCUUUCCUUAAGGCAGCAGAAGGCUGAUUGCUACUGUUACCAAUGUAAUGAUGAAGUAAAGGUCCCAAAAUUAGCAGAACAUUUAAAAUAUUUUGGUAUUAAUGUCGAUUCAUUCGCUGAGCAGAAUGAAAAAACUUUAACAGAAUUAAAUAUCCAGCAGAAUUUGACUUGGCAAUUCAAUAUGGAGUCUGACAAUGGUGAGCUUUUGAAGCCAAUAUUCGGGGAAAACUUGGUGGGAUUGAAAAACUUGGGAAAUUCUUGUUAUAUCAAUUCUACCUUACAAGUACUUUGUCAUCUCAAAGGUUUUGCGGAGAUUUUUUAUGGAAAAGAUAUUUUCAAUUUUGACGAUGGCGCUCUAUCCAAACCAUUUGAUGACUUAUACUUACAAAUGAUUAAGAUUUUUAAUGGACUAGUGUCGAAUAAAUAUUCCAUUCCCAACGAAGAUUCUACCGAUUCGAUAAAAUGGCAAAAGGGGCUCAGUUUGCCAAUUUUCAAGCAAUUAAUUGGGAAAUCUAAUGCAGAAUUUGCCUCACCAAACCAGCAAGAUGCGUUUGAAUUUUUGUUAUUCUUCUUAGAUCAAAUUGAAUCCUACUACUGCAAGAACGUUGGUAAAUAUAAGGAAUCUAGUUGCUUUAAAAGUAACCCAGUCAAUGCCUUGAAGUUUGUUAUUCACAAUAAAUUGUCUUUGAUUGGCACCGAGAAAUUUAAAGCCCUAAAUGAAUUGAAUCAAUACCUCUCUUUAAAUAUUGUUGAUGAGGUCGACCAUGUUGACGAAGACGGGAAAGUUCACUACAAACCAGUAGAUAUCAAUAAUGCGCUCGAAUCAUUUUUCAAAUCUGAUGAAGUUCUAGAACUUGAUGGUAAGAACUUUGCUAAAACUUCGAAGUUGGCUUCAUUGCCAGACACAUUAUUGGUACAAAUCCAAAGAGCUAAACUUGUGAACUGGAUACCAACCAAAAUCGAUGUUCCAGUGGUUAUUCCUGAUGAGACCAUUGAUUUAUCGAAGUAUACUAUAACCGGGUCGCAAAUUAAGCUUGAUGCCCAAUCCGAAAAUUUGAUAAUUGACGAGGAAGACGCACCAGAAACAUCGUCGUCAGGCGAAACAUUUCAGCCAAACCAGGAUGUUAUGAACUCACUUUUGCAAAUGGGAUUCCCUGAACCUCGUUGCGUAAAGGCAUUAUACAAUGUAUCCAACUCCUCUAACCCAGAAGACGCCAUGAACUGGUUGUUUGCCCAUAUGGAGGACGAUGAUAUCGAUGAUCCGUUGGUGAUCCCUGCAGGCGGUAAUUCUUCUGCCCAAAAUCCUAAUGAACCAACGCAAGAUGAAAUUGAUAAUCUUGUGGUUAUGGGAUUCAGCUCGAAACUUGUCAGAAAGGCUCUUAUUUUGAAUAAUAAAAAUCCUGAGGCUGCCGUGGAGUGGUUAUUCAACAACCCCACCGACGAUGGAGAGAUUCAAGCUGAUGCUUCUACCACAACUGGUGCACCAUCGUCCAAUGAUCAAGUGAAGAGUAUCCUUGAAUCCGAUGGUAUUACAGAUGAUGCAGAAGCAAACUACUUUUUAAAAGCCGUGGUUUGUCAUAAAGGCAGCUCAAUUCAUACCGGUCACUACGUGACAUUUGUUAAGCAAAUGGUCGAAGGUACACUACAAUGGGUAUUGUAUAAUGAUGAGAAAGUUGUAUUGGCCAAUGAUGGCAAAAGCUUACAUGAGAUGAAAAAGAAUGGAUACUUAUACGUAUUUGUUAAAAAGGGUGGUAAAGAUGAUAUAAAUUGA